AUGACAGACAGUGCACAAUCUCAUGAGAAAGAUUCUAGUAAUAAUGUUGCUACUACUAGGAGUGAUGUUGGAUCUACUGCCGCCUCUAUAAAUUCCGCCGUAUUUAUAACAACAGAAGAUGAAAGCAACAUAUCGGGUCAAGAAUACGACCAUCAUGAACAUGAAUUAGCCACCGCCCCGCUUCUCGUACAAGAAGAACGGGGAAUAGACAUCAAUACUAAUGACAGAAUCAAAAUUUUUCCCCAAUCAACACUCGACUUCGUAAUUCACCAGUACCGAAAAGUGAAAGCGUGGAAAUUUAAUUUCGAUGAUCAGUUCUUGUCCGAUUAUGCUUUGGCGUUUGUGGUGUGGUUCACAUUACCUUGUUUGGUGUUGUUGGUGUGCGCGUUUGUUGGAUUGGCUAUUAUUAGUUGUAUAAGUGGAAUCUUGUUCGCCAUAAUCAAUGGAUUAAUUCUCUUAGUAUUUUUAGUGAUCCUGACAUUAUUGUUUCUGUUCGCCAUUUUAGCAAGCUUCAUCACCACAUGUCUUAUUACCUUGAUACGCAAGUUAUAUAUUAUUGCUGGUGCUCUUAGACAUUCUUCACCACCACCAACACUGUCACCACAAAUCAAUGGCGAAUCGACCAGUAAUAAUGUUGAUUCAGAACAGCAACAGUUAACUGAUGAUACAUUUACGAAUAAUGCAAUCAUACGGGCGACAACAACCGCGACAGCCAGUCAUGUUGAUAACAUUAUUAUUGAUGGGGCAGAAAAUUAA